GCGCCGCUCGUCAUUUCCUUAUGUGGAGCGGAGUGAUCUUUGGGGGCAGGGCCUUGCUGUAACUGUACAAAACAACUUUAUAACUUUAUUCUCUGAUUGUUUUUAAAUCUAAGUGCUCCAAGUUCGUGAAAGUGCCGCAUGUUUCCCCCGCUCAUGUUAACCAGGUCGUGUCCGUGGCCCCCCGCGGAUCUACUUGUUGCUGAAGUGAAGCCGUUAGCCCGUUAGCUCCGUUAGCCGCCAGCGGGGCGGACCACCAACUCUGCCCGGCCUCCGAGCUCCGAUCCCGGGCAGACCACCGGCGGACCAGGCGGUAAGGAUGGGCACCAGGACCGGACCCAGCUCCGCCUCCGAGACCGACGGGGGCCGGUUCGAGGACAGGGAGUACAGCACCGAGGUGGUGUACAGCGGCUCGGAGCAGGAGUCCGACUCCGACGAGGACACGGCGGGCUCCGGCGGGGACCGGGGGGACCGGGGGGACCGGAGGGGCGUGAAGCGGGAGAGGAGCGACAGGGAGCCCGGCCAGCCACCGCUCAGCCCCGGGGGCCGGGCCGGGACCUACUGCGAGGUCAGCCCGGGGGUGGCGGGGGUCAAACCCGGGAAGAAGACCCGGGGGAGGGUCAAGAUCAAGAUGGAGUUUAUAGAUAACAAACUGAGGCGGUACACCACGUUCAGCAAGAGGAAGACCGGCAUCAUGAAGAAGGCAUACGAGCUGUCCACGCUGACCGGUACUCAGGUGCUGCUGCUGGUGGCCAGCGAGACGGGGCACGUGUACACGUUUGCCACCAGGAAACUGCAGCCCAUGAUCACGUCUGAGACGGGGAAGGCUCUGAUCCAGACCUGCCUCAACUCCCCGGACUCGCCGCCUCGCUCAGACCCCUCUUCUGACCAGAGGAUGAGCGCCACGGGCUUCGAGGAGACCGACCUCACCUACCAGGUGACGGAGGCGGAGGAGGGUGCUUGCAAGGAUCUAACCAAACCCACCUUCAGCCUAGCGUCCACCACUCAACCCACGUCCUCCUCCUCCUCGGUGCAGACCAGCGCCCCCUCCUGGCAGCCGUCCUCCUCCACCAACGGGACGCUGCUGAAGACGUCCACAGGUGUGGUUCUUCCUGGAGGAAUCACCUUGAUGUCAGGUGGCUCGUUGCCCCCCGGCACUCACACCAUCCCCCUGAGCCAGCUCCAGGGCCAGUCUGUGACCAUCCAGGGGUCCGCGGCCCCCUCUGGCUCCCUACAAGCUCCGCCCACACAGCCCACCACGCUGCUCCGCCUGCCGGCCACCAUGUCCCUGUCAGGAGCUGGUAUCUCUCAGCAGCUACAGACCAUCCAGGUCCAUCCCGGCAGUCAAGUCUCGACCAAUCAGAGCAGCUCUGACAUACAUGGCUCCGCCUCCUCCACAGGUCACAUGAUGUACCCCGGCGGGACCACGGUGAUGUACGCCUCCCCGACGCCCUCACUGGGCGACGGCAGCCUCACCGUCCUCAAUACUUUCCCCCCAACGGGCCAUGGCCAAUCACACGACCCAGCUGCCGUCCCCCAGGUCUUCCUCACUUCUCUUCCUCCUGUCGCCACGCAGAUCCCCGUCUCUGCCGUACAGCUGCAUCCGAUGGUGAUCAGCCAGCAGAGCAGCAGCACAAACCUGACGGAGCUGCAGGUCGUCAGCCUGGACGUCCACCAAGCUAAAGACGACUGACGCUCGCAGCACUUUUACUUUCUCAUCAUUCCUGCAGUGAUGUCACCAGCUUCCUGUUUACCUGUUUUUGUGAUGAUAGUGAACAUAAAUGUCCUGGACUCUGAUCACUGAAGAGGGAACGGCCCAGACUCGGACACUCGGGUGGAUCAGACGUUCCCUGAAGAAGAAAACGUGCCAACAACAGGUGGUGUGAUGUCAGAUGAAGGAGCAUCACAUGAUGCUCAGCAGACAGGAAGCUGUCAGACUGGAACUGAUGCACUAAACAUUUACAGAAUGGAUCAUGAAGGCUGAGAUCAUGUGAUCAGAUCAUUGAUGAUCAAUAUAUCAGGAUUAUUACUGAUCAGUUGAGAAGUGAAGGGCCUGCAGGAUCUGGUUUGAUCCUGUUUUACUCACAUUGUAAUCAUCUUUUAAAGAGUGUCAGCUGAACUAAAAACGUUAUACUUUACAGAUGACAGAAACCUGAACUGGUUCUGACCAGGACCUGAAACAGGACCUGAUCCGGGUCCAUGUGCUGAUCGAUCAGGGGCCAGCUUCAGGUCCAGGAUCUGGUCCAGGAUCAGGUCCAGGAUCAGAUCUGGUCCAGCUUCAGGUCUAGGAUCAGGUCUGGUCUAGGAUCAGGUCUGGUCCAGGAUCAGGUCUGGUCCAGGAUCAGGUCUGGUCCAGCUUCAGGUCCAGGAUCAGGUCUGGUCCAGCUUCAGGUCCUCUGACGGCACAUUGAUGUUUCAGUUUUCCAGCUGAGUUUGCAGUCACUUCUCUCUGUUUCUUCGUGUAUUAAUCGUGUCCGUGCAGCAGUGAUGUCAUCAGUGACAUCAUCAGUGACGUCAUCAGUGACAUCAUCAGUGACGUCAUCAGUGACGUCAUCAGUGACGUCAUCAGUGACAUCAUCAGUGACGUCAUCAGUGACAUCAUCAGUGACGUCAGCAGCUGUUUCCUCUCAAAUAAUCAAUAAAUACUUUUUGC